AUGAUCAAGGCAUUUCCUUUCUCUCCCUCGUUACUCAAAUCAUCAUCUUCCAUUGUUCUCUGGAUUUUGUGAUGCGAUGCACUUAGCAUCUUCCUCUUCCUUCUACUCGUCUCCGGCGAAGAAUCUCUUGGCUAUGUUCUUGAAAGCUCGAGCUUUCUCGGUAACCACACAGAAUCCUCCUGAUCUCUUCUCUCUUCUUCAUCAUUCCCAAAACGCUAAGCAUCUACGCCAUCUCCAUGCUCAUCUUCUUCGUACCUCUCUCUACUCCAACGUUGUGCUCAGCUCCAAGCUCGUUCUCGCUUACUCCAAGAUGAAUCAUCUCUUUCCCACUUCGCUUUCUGUCUUCUGGCACAUGCCUUGUCGCAACAUUUUCUCUUGGAAUAUAAUCAUCGGUGAGUUCUCUAGAUCGGGGUUUGCGUCGAUUUCGAUAGGAAUGUUUCUUCGUAUGUGGCGAGAGUCCAACGUUAGGCCUGAUGAUUUUACGCUUCCUCUUGUUCUGCGAGCUUGCUCUGCUUCUCGGGAAGCGAAAUUUGGAGAUUUGAUUCAUGUUCUGUGUUUGAAACUUGGGUUUAACGCAAGUUUGUUUGUUCGUUCGGCAUUAGUGAUUAUGUAUGUAGAUUUGGGCGAAAUUUUACAUGCACGUAAGUUGUUCGAUGAUAUGCCUGUGAGAGACUCUGUUCUUUAUACAGCUAUGUUUGGUGGGUAUGUUCAGCAAGGUGAAGCUCUGUUGGGCUUGGCCGUGUUUAGAGAAAUGAGGUAUUCUGGAUUUUUGCUGGAUUCAGUGGUAAUGGUGAGUUUACUUAUGGCUUGUGGACAACUUGGAGCGUUGAAGCAUGGGAAGAGUGUCCAUGGAUGGUGUAUCCGAAGAUGUUCUUGCUUCGGUUUGAAUCUUGGAAAUGCGAUAACAGAUAUGUAUGUAAAGUGCUCCAUACUGGACUAUGCGCACACAGUAUUUGUAAAUAUGCCGAGACGAGAUGUGAUCUCUUGGAGCUCUCUUAUUUUGGGUUAUGGCUUGGAUGGAGACGUGGUAGUGUCUAUAAAACUCUUUGAUGAGAUGCUUCAGGAAGGAAUUGAACCCAAUGCUGUCACUUUUCUUGGUGUCUUAUCAGCUUGUGCCCAUGGCGGUCUUGUGGAAAAGUCUUGGCUGUAUCUCAGACUAAUGCAGGAAUAUAAAAUAGUUCCUGAACUAAAACACUAUGCUAGUGUGGCGGAUUGUAUGUCUCGGGCAGGUCUUCUGGAGGAAGCAGAGAAGUUUCUGGAAGAUAUGCCCGUGGAACCUGAUGAGGCUGUUUUGGGUGCGGUGUUGAGUGGGUGCAAGGUGUAUGGGAAUGUAGAAGUAGGGGAAAGAGUGGCGAGGAAGCUGAUUCAACUUGAGCCGAGAAAAGGUAGUUACUAUGUAACGUUGGCCGGUCUAUAUUCAGCUGCAGGUCGGUUUGACGAAGCUGAGAGUCUGAGGCAGUUGAUGAAGGAGAAGCAGAUUUCUAAGGUUCCCGGGUGUAGCUCAAUAUGAAAGAUGGGAUGCAGAUUUCAGCGUUAUCUGGUUGUACAUGUGAAAGAUUACCAGAAUGGUAAAGAUCAAAAUCGCACCAAAAGCUGUUGAACCUUACAUCUAGAUUUUGGUAAUGAGGCUCAGACAUAGCUAAUUGUAUACAUGGAAAAGUUGUGGUGUCCGGUCCGAUUUUUGAAAAUAGUCUUUAGCUACUACGGCAUGUUUCACCUCGCUGUUAGUGGAAAGCAACGGAUCAUUGAUUUCCUCAGCAAAUAAGACAUUUAAACAAGGCCUAGCGACUACAGUCUCAGCUGUCUGCAUAGGGUCAGAAUCCACUUCAUCCAAGUUCAUGCUGCUGACAUUAUUUGUAUGUGAAUUUGCUAAAAGACCUUGCUGGGCCAAGAUGGUCAAUAAGGGUUACAAAGUUCAAAAUCUCUGUUAGAUGAGACAGAACAAAGUUUCUUUUCAAAUAAAACAAAUGGUAGCCUCAGAAUGAGAAUGUUCUACUGUAUGGAAAAGCAUUGAACAUAUUGUAUGGUGUUCCAGUAAAAGGAUUAGAGCAAUGGGAGAUGACUAUUGAUAUGGUGUACCAAUCUGCUGAUUCAAGUAUCUCUUCAAACUCUAUGGCUUGUAUAUCAGAAAUCUGUACACUAAUUUAUUCUAAGUGCACAGAAACUUAUACAAGCUAAAGUUUCAAUUGUUAGAGCACAAAGAAGAGUUUUUUGUUGUUGGUAUUUAUAUGCCUCUCUCUAUAAAUGUAUAAACCCGGUUAAUUGUUUGUAAACCCAGUUGAACCUCGUCCCAAAAGCUUUUAUGGUUCGGUGUCCCCGUCCGAUUUUGAAAA